ACCAUACACCAAUCAAGGGCACUUUCCUAAACCCUAUAAGGUGAAGAAGAAGACGGGAUGUUAGUGUUGGGAAGUCCGACUCAUUUCCCCGAAUCGGUUCCUUCGAACGGUUCAGUUCAGUGUAGCUGAUUUGCAAGCCGAGAACUGGAUAAACGCUCUGACCGAACGAGUCUGUUUUGCGAAAUGGUUCGUUGAAAGAAUCGACUCAAUGAACGAUUCCUACGCGAAUCGGACAUCACUAGUGGGUUUCUGCCGUUCUCAUGCUUUGAGACUGGAGUGGACGAAAGAGGGCGGAGUGUGUUUGUCAUCCAAAUGUGAAGUACUGACUCCCUGCCUCCGAAAAAUAGGAUUUUUUCUCUGUCUCUCUCUCUCUCAGUCGAUCACGUCUGUUGGGGUCCAGCAUCAUAUUGGGAGGAGAGCGUCGGGGAUCCUGCACAUCUGCUGCGCUCCUGCAAGGAGAUACAAGACCGAAUCAGCAUCACUUACACAAACAACACCAAUGCACCUGAGGGGAAAGGGAUUACCGAUGCAAUAAUUGUUUUCUGGCCAGGAAUCAGGUGUCAGAAAUGCGUGAAAAUCCACAGGUGAAAAUGCUGUGCUGAUUUGAUACAUUCCAGCUGUGAUUUCUCGCAUCAGAUUUGGUGAACUGAAGCUGGUAAGGUAAAAGAGCGGGAUUGAAGGAUAUGGCCAUAAUCCGGAUAUCGUUACUCUUGCAAGUGGGAUUUGUUAUAGGAUCAAAUUAUAGAUAUGUGGAACAUGAUCGGGACCUAAAAGCAAAGCUGCCCAUUUAUAACACGCACAGCUACCAGCAAGCGCACCUCCGGAAGCCCCAUUCGGGUUUAGCGCAGAAGAUUGAGGAACAGGUACCCAGAGUGGUGAGUGCGUUUCUGCACACGGGGGAUUCCUCCACCUUAAAUCACGGCAACUGCUCCAGGAGAUAUGAGCUGGCGGGGUUGCGAGGAAGGACGCGCGGAGACGCGCAUCACUCCAUGCGCAGCGUCCUGGACACAGUCCUUCACGCCACAAACUUCCUCAACAUGAUCCUACAAACGAACAGGUCCAGAGAUCACAGCCCCAGACGCGAUAUGGAGUGGUACCACGCUCUGGUCAGGAGUAUCCUGGAGGGAGACAUCAAGAUCCAUCGAGCAGUGGUCACCUUGAGCACCGAGUCCCCUCCUGAAGGGCCACCUGUUUACCUUCAGGCCACACGGGCAGGUGGAGAGAUCAUUCUCCAGGAUUUAUCCAGCACUGCCCACCAUAUACUGAAGAACAGAACGGCUGAUACCGAGUGGUACCAUGAGCAUAAAAAUAAAAAGAAGACCCAUCUCCAAAAACGAGUGCUGAGUCAAGAUUUUGCCUCUUUUGACGCGUCUGUGCGCAGUGGAGAAAGUUAUAUUACCGACAAAACUCAAAUUCACUGGUCAGCUCCGUAUUUGGAGUGUGAAAAUGGGAAUUUCAUUCCCAGAUGGCUCGUGACACUGUCUGCUGGCUUCUAUGGCCUUAAACCCAACCGGAAUCCAGACUUCAGGGGUGUUGUUCGAGUGGAUGUCAGCCUGCAGGAUGUGGAUAUUGAUCAGUGCUCUGCAGAUGGCUGGUUUGCAGAUGCCUGGCCACACAGGUGCAACCUCACCACUAUGGAGUGUUUGCCCAUCCCAGGUCAUGGAUUUGUGCUGGACAAGUAUAAAUGUCACUGCAAAAGCGGCUUUUAUCAUCCAAGCAGAGUUGCAGUCAAUGGCUUUAAAAGGAAAGCGACUGGUAAGGGCAAGGAGAGUUUGCCACAUCACAGGGAUGUUCCAGAAAGUUCUAGCUACUGUCUGCCCUGCCAAGAAGGCUGUGCUUUCUGCAAGGACGAAACGCCCUGCGUGGCCCGGGGUGAUGGCGCCCUGCGUAUGGCGGUGCUCUCCUUCCAGGGCUUGUGCAUGCUGGUGGAUUUUAUCAUUAUGGUGCUGCUCUACCAUUUCCGCAGGAACAAGAGUAUCAGAGCAUCAGGACUCAUCCUGUUAGAGGCCAUCUUGUUUGGAGCGCUCCUCCUCUACUUUCCGGUAAGCUUUAAUGAACGCAGUCAUUUUUAUUAUGUACUUUAUUACUUUAGGGGUGUUCAAAUUAAUGGCACUUUGGUGACUAAUAUCCUUAGACUUGUAGUGCAAUGUAAUGUUGCCAUUAGAUGGAGAAUGUCUUUUUAAUGGGACUAAUUUAAG